AUGGCAACUGCCAUCCAGAAGAAACUAAUUGUGAUCGACAAGGAUCUGGAUGAUCACAACGGACUUGCAACGGAUAUUUCUGAAUGCUUCAGGACUGGGCCAAGUUGGUGCGACGUCGUCAUCCUCAUCCAAGGCGAUAAAUUCUAUUCCUGCAAAGGGAUUCUCGCCUCCGUCUCUCCCUACUUCCGCCAAUUGUUCUCCACCGACUUCCAGAACGCUUCGCAGCGGGAGAUCAGGCUGGAGGGCUUCACCACGAUCGGAUUCAGGCCGGUUUGGCAUUACAUCCAUGGAACGAGGGUGGAAGUGGAUGGCGAGGAAGGGGCGUUGACCAUUCUUCAAGAUGCCCACUUCCUUGGGCUCAAACGCCUCUGCAACAAGAUGAGCAAGGCCAUUGAGGCAUUGUUCAAUUCCGACAAUGCCUUCCGGAUUCUCACCGUUGCCGAGCAAUGCCACCUCGAGGAUUUGAAGGAAGCUGUGAUCGGUUACAUUUUAGGGCAGUUUAAUCGGGUCACCUGCACGAGCGAAUUCCUGCGAGUCUCUUACAAAGUAUUAAAAUUGCUGUUGGAACGGGAUGAAUUAUGGGAUGUGUCAUCCGCCGAUGAGAUUUACGAAGCAACGAGGAAAUGGUUGGAUCACGACAGAAGUCGGAAGCGUUACUUACCGGAUCUUCUGAGCAAGAUUCAUCCUCCUCUCCUCCCUGACGAAUAUAUCAAGAUGGUAGUCCUCGAGGACCCCAUUAUUCGGGGGGAUUCCACAUGUCUCGACACCGUCGUCGAGACGAUCGACAGACGGAAGUCGACGGUCCUUCCUACUUGCACCAAAGAGAGCACCAGACUCCAUAAACAUUUUUCAAGAACUGGAAUCGAGUACACACCUGAUCCUGCGCGGCACACGACCGUUUCGUGUUCCCCUGGGACACUGACCCGUGGGAAGAAGCUAUCGACGUCGUCCUCAGCGGAUGACACCAAGAAGCUCCGGCCGUUUUUCACCAGGAAUCCGUCGGAAUUGGAAGGGGAAAUCAUCCGGACGAGCCUGCGCAAAGGGUCGCGAGGCCUCGGCUUCACCAUAGUCGGCGCCGACGAUCGGGGGGAGGGCUUCCUCCGCGUGAACAAGAUGCUCCGUCGAGGACCGGCUUGGACGGAUGGGAGGCUUCGAAGGGGGGAUGUGCUGGUUUACGUGGACGAUCGUUGCGUGCUGGGCUGCACGUACCACGACAUGGUGGCCGUGUUCCAUGGCAUACAAGUGGGAGAGCGGGUGGACCUCGUGGCUUGCAGGGGAUAUCCCAUGCCGUCCCAGCCGAAUCGUGCGAAGACAGAGAUCGUCGCGGCCGCAGCUGGAGACAUGCAAUCGAGUAAGACUUGGCCUUAUGCCCACUUCCAUGACUCCGCAUACUUCGAGAAUCAAGACGGAAGUGAAUCUGAUGACAGCACGAACCAAUUCGUCGCGUCUGAACUGCCCUGGGCAGACCAGCCUGGGAGUGCUCAUCCGUCGACUGAAAACGCGGCUGGGGAUCCUUACGCCUUUCGAGCUUGGGACGGACCGAGGAGCAUUUCGCCGCCCGCGGUGGCAAGGAAGCCGGAGUUUGUCACGAUUCCCAUCGCGAAGGGUGCCAGGGGGUUCGGGAUCACCAUCGGCGACUGCGAGUACGGCCAGAACGUGAAGAAGAUCCUGGAGCAUUCCAGCUGCAAAGGCCUGAACGAAGGAGACAUUCUGGUGGAGAUCGACGGUCGCGUCGUGCGAGGGAUGACCCACGCGGAAGUGGUGCAGAUCUUGAAGGAAUGCCCCGAGGGCGGUGAGGUCAUCCUGGUGGUCCAGCGAGGACCCAAGAGGUAGGGGCUGGCGAGGGGCCGAUUCGAACGGAAGGGGGAAACGUGAUGGCAGGAGGGCGGAGG